AGGCGGGCCGGCACGUACCAUACGAGUGAGACCAGCUCAGCAGCGUGGAUCAAGACUCAUUAGAAGUGUACAUUUGAGCUUAAAAAUUGCGUCGAAUUCGUUGAGAAAAAAAGGUGUUUGGAUCGAGGACCGGUGCCGUUUGCAUGCAAAGAUGCUGAGGCUUUCGUUACUGCUUUGUGCGCUGGUAGCGAUGAUCGGAGCUCAGGAUGAGAGCAAACCUGAAAGUUUGGAGCUGUCAUCGCUGAACGGUAAAAUUCGAGGAUCGUUUUUGACGUCGCGUCUCGGCAGGAAAAUAUACGCGUUUCGUGGUCUGAGAUACGCAGAACCGCCGACCGGACAGCAGCGUUUCAAACAAGCGAUACCGGUGGCUCCGUGGAACGAGGUUUUCGAUGCGACUGAAGAAGGACCUUCGUGCCCGCAACCCGGAGGACGUUUACAGUCUGAGGAUUGCCUCCGUCUCAACGUUUACACGACUCAGCUGCCGUCGAAGAACUCGAGCGACGUCGAAGGUACGAUGAGGCCCGUAAUCGUUUAUUUUCAUCCCGGAGGUUACUACGGCUCUUCCGGGCAGAGUUAUAUCGAAGGGCCGCAGUAUUUGAUGGAUCAGGACAUCGUGCUCGUUGUAGUUAAUUACCGACUGGCCUCUUUGGGUUUUUUCAGCACCGGAGAUUCUUUGGCACCGGGAAAUUUGGGUUUGAAGGAUCAGGUCGAGUCCCUUCGUUGGGUGAAGAAAAAUAUAGCCGCGUUCGGCGGUGAUCCGAAUUGCGUUACAAUCGCCGGUUACAGCGCAGGCUCGUGGAGCAUUUCCUUGCACCUUUUGUCACCGAUGAGCGAAGGUCUGUUCCACCGUGCGAUAGCGAUGAGCGGAUCGGCCACUUAUCAGGAGCCUCUGCCACCGCAUCAGAAGCAUUUGGCCCAGAAGCAAGCAGAACUUCUGGGAUGUCCGACGGACACGACGGGCAGCAUGCUGGUGUGUCUCAACGGAAAAAGCGCUCAAGAAAUCGGCGAUUCUCUGCCUCAUUUCUUCGAAUGGCACAACGAUCCAAUUCUCAUUUGGCUUCCCGUCGUCGAACCGGAAGUUCCCGGAGUCGAAAGAUUCUUGACGGCUCAACCGAUCGAUUUGAUAAGAGAAGGAAAAUUCCAUCAUGUUCCUCUCAUCACUGGGGUCACGAAAGAUGAAUUCGGCGGCGUCGUCGUUCCCAUGAUCGAAGAAGCUCGCAACGGAAAUAUCUCGACUUUCGAAGAUCUCAAUGAACAUUGGGAUAAAAUAGCUCCGAUCAGCUUUCUGUACGAACGAAAUACUCCACGAUCUGCCGAGAUCAGCACAGCCCUCAAGCAGUUUUACCUCAACGAUGAACCAAUAGGCCUAAACAACACUGAUGGACUGGCUAAACUCUACGCCGAUGGCGUUAUCGGAUUUUCCGUUCAUCGUUUGGCGCAUCUUAUGGCCAAGGCCAGCAAGCAACCGGUUUAUUAUUACGAAUUCACGUAUCAGGGGCGUUUCAGUCAUGUCACUUGGAACGAUACUCAUAAACCUUACGGCGUCGUUCAUCACGACGAUCUUCUGUACCUUUUCUGCGUCAGUUUCUUCCCAUAUUUUGAAGAGAAUGCACCAGAAAUUCCGACGGUUGAGAGGAUGACUAAGAUUUGGGCUAAUUUCGCUAAAACCGGCGAGCCUAUACCGAGGGACGACGAUAAAUUUGCGAACGUAACGUGGAGUCCGUUCGAUGUGGAGAACAAAAGGUACCUGGAGAUCGGCGAGGAACUUGUGAUGAAAACGAAUCUCCACGCCGACAGAAUGAACGAGUGGGAGCGCCUGUUUCCUCUGCAGCCACCGACGCUUCAGUCCGAAUCUCACACGAAAAUAGUUGGAAAGCCUCAGAGCUGUUUCAGUGUCGAGCGGAACUCUGCGUACCGAUUGAAUCUUCGAAAUACUUUAUUCCAAUCGCCGUGCGUCGACUGCAUAACUGAGUUAGGAAUGAGAAAUUCUCAUUUCUUCGUAAUGGAACUCCGCGUUUUUCUCGUUGCGGUCGCAUUUUUGGCUCUGACAAUGGCACCGAACGAAGCCCAAAGCAACGCGAACGUUAAUCCACAGGUCUCUACACCUCUCGGACGAAUCGAAGGAUCGUUCAUGAAGACGCGACUGGACAAACAGAUUUAUGCUUUUCGAGGCAUUAGAUACGCCGAAGCACCGACCGGAGAUUUACGUUUCAAGGUGGCAGUACCAGCGAAGCCUUGGAACGAUGUUUUCAACGCAUCUGAGGAAGGGCCCUCGUGUCCCCGUCCCUCAGGGAGACUCAUGGACGAGGAUUGUCUCCGAGUCAAUGUUUACACCACCAAACUUCCUGCGACCGCGUCGUGUGCGAGUGUUGCCGAGGGAACGAAGAAGCCGGUGAUGGUGUUCUUCCAUCCGGGCGGCUUUUACGGAUUUUCCGGGCAGAGCUAUCUCUUCGGACCUCAAUACAUUUUGGAUCAGGACAUUGUUCUCGUCACGGUUAAUUACCGUAUAGGACCACUCGGCUUCCUGGCGACCGGCGAUUCAGUCGCCCCAGGCAACCUUGGUCUCAAGGAUCAAGUAAUUGCGUUGCGAUGGGUCAGGGACAACAUCGCAUCGUUCGGAGGGGAUCCGGAUUCCGUGACGAUAUCGGGUUACAGUGCUGGUUCAUGGAGCGUCGCUCUCCACAUGAUGUCACCAAUGUCAGAGGGUCUUUUCCACAGAGCAAUUUCUAUGAGUGGUUCACCAACGAAGGGUGAGCCGUUGACGUACGAGCAGGUUGAUUACGCGAAAAAACUAGCUCGGAUUUUCAAGUGUCCCGAAGACGCGAGCGAAAAAAUAGUCGAAUGUCUCAGGAACCAAGACGCUGAGGCUAUUGCAAAAACUUUUUCACAAUUUGCGGAAUGGCACUUUGACCCGAUCAGAGUCUGGUCGCCUGUCGUCGAACCGAACAUUCCCGGACUCGAGAGAUUCAUCGUCGAUCAACCUGCGAAUCUCAUCAGAGGAGGCAGGAUCCAUCAAGUGCCUUUCUUGGCUGGGGUCACCAGGGACGAGUUCGAUUAUCUGACGAUGAACGAAGUGGUCCAGGCCAGAAAAGGAAACGAUUCGAUAUUCCGAGACUUGGAUCAAAAUUGGGAGAACAUUGCACCAAUAAGUUUUCAAUAUGAACGAAAUACUCCAAGAUCGAAGAGGAUCAGUCAAGAAUUGCGAGACUAUUAUUUCAAGGGACAGUCGAUCAGUUUGGAAACUGUGCAAGGUCACGCUCAUUGUUACGCCGACUCGAUCGUCGGUUUUCCAAUGCAUCGUCUCGUUCACUUAGUCGCCGGAGUUUCGAAAAAACCGGUUUAUUAUUACAGAUUCAUUUACGAAGGGAGAUACAGUCUCGCUAAGUGGCCGAAUACGCAAGACCCAUAUGGUGUCGUACAUCACGACGAUUUGCAGUAUCUAUUUUACAUGAGCAUCUUGCAUUAUUUCGAGCCAGAUGCACCAGAAACCCCAAUCGUCGAGAAGAUGACUGCGAUGUGGGCGAAUUUCGUGAAAACCGGUGAACCCAUUCCUAAAAACAAUAAAGCAUUCGAAGGCGUUAUUUGGGAACAAUUUACACCUGAAAACAACAGAUAUAUGGAAAUUAGUAGAACUCUGACGAUGAAAACUGGUGUGAAUCUUGAGAGAAUGCAAGUUUUUGAGAAUCUCUUUCCACUGGAUCCUCUGUCCAGUUCAAGCACAACUACUCCAGGUCAUUGAAAUAAAUUCUCCAUCGUUUGUGUCGAAAACUUGGAAAAAAACUACGAUUUUAAAGUUUUUUUCCACCUGCUUUUCAAAUGCUCACGUCUAUUUUUUCAUUUGUUUUAAUGCACAUGAAACUUUUUGCAAUGAAAUUGUUUCUGUAUCCGUCGUAUCAGGAAAAAGAUACUUUCACUUUCCACAAAAAAUGAAUGAUGCAGACAAUUUUGUAGUCAACAAUUCCACGCAUUCACUCCCAGAUUUCUGUACAUUCGGCAUACAAGAAUCAUUUUCCUCCGUUCGAGAUUAAAGAAACACGGGAGCCCGUCAACUCAUUAGUCAAUGACCAGAAGCGGAAAAUGCACAGCGCAACGAGACUGUGCACGAAGAAAAGCUUCGAAUCUGUAAAUAAUAAGAAAAAAUAAAAAAUAGAUACUGUAUGCGGAUCAGAAAACCA